AUGACUCAAGAUUACGAGGUUUACAAAGAAGGGGGCCUUCUCAACAAUCGAUACAAGAAACUGGAGGAUAUUAGUGAGGGGUCUUACGGUUAUGUGUCCCUGGCCAACGACACGCUUAAGAAAAGAUUGGUGGCGGUGAAGUACAUUUUCAAGAACGACGAGGAGGAGGAAAAGAAUGAAGAUGAAGAAGAUGGCCGUCAUAAUUCUUCAGUUGAAAAGAGACAACAGCUUAUCAAACAUCAGAAAUCGCUAAUUUCCGAAAAAGUCCGGUCAAAGCUCUCCAAUAACAUAUGUUUCGAGGCAUUAUUUGAAGUCGACAUUCAUACGAAAGUUGGCAAGCACAAAAACAUUACCGAGAUAUACGAUUAUUUUGACUCUUUUAUCAUUAUGGAAUACUGUUCAGGGGGGGAUCUAUACGAAGCCAUUAGAGCUGAUUUGGUUCCACGUAAGACAAAAAAAAUUACCCAUAUUGCUUCCCAAAUUAUGGAUGCCGUUGAAUUUGUGCAUAAGAAGGGCAUUUAUCACCGUGACAUUAAACCUGAAAAUAUCUUAAUUGACGGCUCAGACUGGACUAUCAAGCUUACUGAUUGGGGUUUGGCGACUACAGAGAAGACGUCCAUGGACCGUAGCGUGGGGAGUGAGCGAUAUAUGGCUCCAGAACUUUUUGAAGAAAAUCUCGACCGGGAAGAAAGGUCCCUGCCAUAUGAUUGUAGCAAAGUUGAUAUCUGGGCUAUUGGUAUUGUCCUCCUGAACGUCGUAUUCCAGAAGAAUCCCUUUAGUGUAGCUAAUCAGACUGAUAAGUCUUUUUGUUAUUUUGCGGCCAACAGAGAAGCAUUGUUUGACGUAUUUUCAACGAUGUCUUACGAUUUUUUCCAAGUAUUAAGACAUAGCUUGACAAUUGACCCAACUAACAGAGAUCUAGCAAGCAUGAAAAAUGAACUACUCAAGCUUGGUGAAUACACUUUGGAUGACGAGUUUUUCAACUCACAGGUUGAUGAUGACAAUUUCGGUACUCCUAAGAUCGAGGAUGUUGAUUCUACUCCAAAAUUCACUUCAUCCACUCCCACAGCUGUUGAGUCUCCUGCGAUGGUCGCCACUCAAAUGACGGUGGACAAAAUCACACCUGCGCCAUCGCACAAGGAUGAAAAGGAAAAGGAUCCAAUCCCAAGAUUCAGGUUUAAGAAGCGAAGCCAUCCAGCUCCUGAGCAGAAACGGGGCUCCAAGCCAAUUCACAUGGAUAAUCGUAAAGUAAUUAAAAAUUCAAGAAAGCCGUUGGCCAUUCCUACUCCAAACACGCACAUUAAUAAUUUUUUCCAUGAAUAUAAAUCUAAAGGUGACGAUAACUUUAAUACGAGAGAUUUCUUUACACCCCCAAGCGUGAAUAACAGAUACAUGGAAGGAAUUUUUAACAACAAACCUAACAAAUACAAAAAUCAUCGGGGAAACCAUAACAAUGCCAAAAGACCAAAUUCGAUUGGGAGUGUCAAUGGCAAUAACAAAUAUACCCCCAAAUCAAAUCCCAAUAACUUAUCGUCGUCUUAUGGCAGACGAGGAUCUGCCUAUUCUCAACACUCGCCUUCAACUGGAAAAUACAUCCCGCCGCACUCAAGACCUAGUUCUUUAUAUGGGGGCUCUCCCCACAUUCCCAACAUUUCUUCAGUUUUGGAUAACGGCUUUGAUCACACUUCAGCCCCCACGACUAACACUUAUCACGAGCAACACCCAGUUCCCAUGGAUAGCAACGAAAAUGAUCUUGAUGACGUUCUUUUCACAUUAGAAGAAAACGAAAUCGACAGCUUCACUAACGAAUUGGACAAUUUAACUGUUCAAGACGGUGAAGUGUCCCAACCCCUUAAUUCUGUUAGCGCUCCUAGUAUCGGCGUAACUAGCGAAGUACCAGACUUACUCAAAUCGCCUACGAUGCAUCACUCAGAGUUGGUUGGGAGCUUGAAGAAUCCUUUUGCUGAAAUACUUGAUCAAAAAGCCAGAAGGCCAAGCACGGAGUAUAAGUACAAACCUGGAGUUUACGUGCCACCCCAUCACAGGAAAGAGCUCGCACAAGGUCUAUCGCAAAGUCCUUUGAUUUCAAAUGGUGGAGAAGCAACUUUAUCCGUGAAUCAUAAUUCGUUCAGCUACGGAUCAUACAAUGGUCGUCGUUCUAGUACUCAUCAUGCCCGGUCCAGAAAAUUAACACCCACAGGACAGCCAUUUAUAUCUCAUAACCACGGAAAAGCAACUACAGAGCUUCAACAAAAUGAUAUUUUCGCUGACUCCAAUGCUUUGCUGUUCGAGGAGGAUGAGGAUGAUAAUCAUUUAGCUGAUCAAAGGUCUUUAUUUGGUCCUCACGAUCUUUACAAGCCAUCAACGGUUACCUCACCAAAGAGAAUUCGCACCGGUCGUAAAUCGAGCUCCAUUCAAGAUGAAUUGAUAGGCUCACUGGAACAAUACAAAAACAACUGGUUAAUUUUGCAACAACAACAAGAAUGA